AUGGAGCCCGUGCCACUGCAGGACUUCGUGAGCCGCCUGGACCCCGCCUCCCUUCCGCGGGUGCUGCGGGUCUGCUCGGGAGUCUACUUUGAGGGCUCCGUCUAUGAGCUCUUUGGGAAUGAGUGUUGCCUCUCCACGGGGGACCUAAUCAAAGUCACCCAUGUCCACCUCCAGAAGGUUGUGUGCGAGUGCGCAGCGACGGGUCAGACGCUGGAGCUCAAUCCUAAUUUCACAGGCCUCUUCAGCCCACUCACCAGCCUGCAGAGCUACAGAACCCUGGAGGAUCUCAUCUCUGCCAUGCCCCACUCCACACAGUGGCCCAUUUACUUCAAGUCAACUCAGAGAAUUGUCACCGAGACCAGGGUGGUGCCUGAGGACCAGCUCCUCAGACUUGAGGCGGUGGAAAGACAUCAUGGGACCCGCUAUGCGCGCUGUGUCCAGGUCUCAAAGACCCAGGAGGUCAUCCAUCAUCUGCUCCUUUCUCAGAAGGGACCCUUCUGGAGAUGCAAACCCAGUGCUCCACAAACCCUGCUUCAGAUCCUGCAGGACCCAGCUAUGCAGGGCCUUACGCAUAGCUGCUCCAGCCUACCCUGGGACUCUGUCAUCCUAAAGCCCCAGUAUGUUCUCCAAGCCAUCAUGCACAUGCGCAGCAGCAUCGUCAAGAUCCCGUCUACUCUGGAGGUGGAGGUAGAAGACGUCACCGUCUCCUCCCGGGACAUCCACUUCUUCAAACCAUUGCUGCUGAGCGAUGUGCUGGCCGGGGGAGGCCCCUUCCCUCUGUCCACGGAGAUCCUGGAGGUUCCUGAGGGUCCUCCCAUCUUCCUCAGCCCGUGGGUGAGCUUCCUACGCAAAGGCCAGAGGCUAUGCAUCUAUGGUCCAGCCUCAUCACCCUGGCGGGUCGUGGCCUCAAGCAAGAGCCGAAGAGUGCCCAGAUACUUCAUGCUCUCUGGGGCCUACCAGGGCAAGCUCAAGCGGAGGCCAAGGGAGUUCCCCACGGCCUAUGACCUUUUGGGUGCUCUCCAGCCAGGUCGGCCCCUCCGGGUAGUGGCCACAAAAGACUGUGAUGGGAACGAGGAAGAGAAUCCUGACUUUUCUUUCUUGGCCGUGGGUGAUCGUCUGGAGGUGCUGAGGUCAGGCCAGGUCUGUGGGACCAAAGGCCAGGACAUAGAUGUCUUGAUAUGUCAGCGGCUGGGUGAGCAGUCUGGGGAGGAAGAGGAGGACUUGGAAGAGGACUACGAGGAGGUAGAAGACAAAGAACAGAUUCUGCUACCCCUCUACCUCUCUGGUAGCUUUGUGGAGGAGGUGAAUGACAGCCGACGCUACAGCCUAGUGGAUCUCACUGCCCAGUUCUCCCUGCCCUGUGAGGUCAAGGUGGUGGCCAAGGAUACCCGUUACCCCACUGACCCUCUAGCCUCCUUCCCUGGCCUGCGGUUGGAGGAGAAGCUCACAGAGCCCUUUUUGGUGGUAAGCCUGGACUCCCAGCCAGAAAUGUGUUUCGAGAUCCCUCCCCGGUGGCUGAACCUGACUGUGGUGGAGGUUGAGGGACCACCAGCCCGGGUGGCUGGACCGCUGUCUGUCGCUACGGUGGAGGAACUGUCAGAAGCUUUUUACUACGACCUCCGGAAGCUGCCAGCCUCUGAGAACCAAGCUCCCCCACCCAGGCCCCCAAAGAGCCAGGGUAUCAGUAAGAAGAAGCAGAGCAUACAGAGCUGUAAGGAGGGCCUUGUAAAGCCUCAAGCUGUAGAACCGAAGCAACCCUGCCCACAGCCUGAACUCAAGGCGAAGACCUUGGAAUCCCUUCCCAAGGACAGAUCAAAUGUGUACAGCAAGAUUUCUGUCCACAAGAAAGACCGCAAAUCCAAUCCCCAAACCCAGAAUUCAGUGCUGAGUAUGAAACCCAAAUCCACGAGCCCGCUCGGCAAGUACUCUACCACUGAGUCACAUCUGCCUGACUCAGAUGUGGAUGACCACGACUAUGAAGAAAUUUGAGCACUUUCAGAAAAAGUCAUCUAGGUGCUGGGGAAGCCACUCUUUCCAGCCGCCGCCGCACAGGGGAUUAGGAUACCAGCUAUCUCUUGGAGGACCUAGGGCAAAGUCUCAAGGGACUUAGACUCUGAUGGGCAUGGGACUGACGCUAUUCCUGCCUCUUUGAGUUCUAGGUUGGUUUGGUCCUAGAAAGUUGCAUGUGACACCCUCAGCCUGAGAGCUUUGGUGUCCAGAGAAGCCAUUCAGGUUCGGGCCCCUCCUAUACCCAUCGUUGUCCCAAUGCUAGGCACAGAGAAGAAUCAAAGGCCACCAGCUUCAGUGUUGCCUGCCACUCAGUAAACAGAACUCAGUCCUCACUGUGCCACCCAGUGUAGGUCACCUCCUUUGUCUGCUCUGCACGUCUGCAGUCCAGGCUCUGUGCCUGGGAAUGGACACUAUUCUCAUGUUGGUAGAACCCAGCUCAUGAUCGGUACCCAGUAAAUGGGCUUGAGUGACUAAAUGUGGGCAUCUGCCUCUAAGAAUAAAAUCCUAGGUAGGACUAGUUCUCCAAAUCUGUUAGUGGAACUAAGAGAGCUAAUUUACAAAGGUGGAGGGGUCUGGAGAGAUGGCUCAGUGGUUAAGAGCAUUUUGCUGCUCUUACAGAGGAUAGAAGCUCAGUUCCCAGCACCUACAGCAGGUGGUUCACAACUGCCUAGAACACCUGCUUCUGGACUCUGUUCAUGUGCACAACCUAGUCUCUACAACCCCCCACAAUUAGACACAAUUUAAACAUUUAAAGCUGGGUUUGGUGGUGUACACCUUUAAUCUCUGGAGGCAGAAGCAGGUGGGUAUCUAUGAAUUCCAGGUCAGCCUAAUCUAUAUAUUUAUUUAUUAAACCAAGAAACUGGGAAGACCCAAAGUUGUAGAAAUCUGGUAAGCCCUGGGUGGUGCUCUGAAACUGUUACAGAAAGCUCUUAGGUGACUGACUACCCAAGAUCAUCUCAUGCUAAAGCCUCAGAAUAAAAAUGACACACACUUCUGUAUGAG